AUGGCGAAACAACGAAAGAUACUGAAAGAUUCUCAGAUCGAAGAUAUUCUUGAUGAUCUCAUUUUCGAACAUCUGUUCGAAUCAGAGGAAGAUGAAGAGGACGAGUAUGGAGAAUCACAUUUGGAUUACGUUCCAAGAACAAUAAACGCAAUUUUGAAUGAAAUGCAGGGUAUGUCACAACAACAGUUAUUAAAUAUUUUAGACGAUGAUCCAUGUCAACUUUAUUUAGCGUCACUUGUCAAUGACCUUGAAGAGUUGCGACCUCGUGUUUCGCUGUCUGUAUCAUCCUCUAACUUACCUGCUCAUCCUGAAUUGCUUGCUCCUGCUCACCCUGAAGUGCUUACUCCUGCGGUUGAUGAAGAGAUGCCACCUUAUGAUCCAUUGUCUGCACCAUCAUCGCACUUAUCUGCUCACCCCAAAGUGCUUUCUCCUGCGGUUGAGGAAGAGAUGCCACCUUAUGUUCCAUUGUCUGCACCAUGCUCUAACUUACCCGCUAACCCUGAAGUACUUGCUCUUGGUGUCGGUGAAGAGUUGCCAGCAGGUUUUUCACAGUCUUCACCAAUCAGUAACUUACCUGCUGAUUUGCCAACUUAUGCUGAAUUACAGGCACGGAAUAGAAUGUGGACUACUGAAGUUGAAAAUUUCGAGGAGUACAGUUUUAAUAAGGAAAUGCAACCCACUAAAUCAUAUAACCAUAAAAGUCUCCCUAUUGAAUAUUUUAGUAAUUUGUUCCCAGAUGAGCUUUUUGAAAUGAUCGUCAAAUAUACAAAUAAAUAUGCAGCGUUGAAACAAAGCAAAUUCUGGACAGACACUAAUGUUAAUGAAAUAAAAGCAUUUCUAGCGAUAAUCAUUCUAAUGGGAAUAAGCCCUCAGUCAGAUAUCGAGUUGUAUUGGAGUGCAGAUCCGUUUUAUAAGAACAUAGAAAUAAGUAGCACAAUUAAUUGCAAAAGAUUCAAAAAAAUCCUAGAAAAUUUUCAUGUUUGCGACAUUACAACUCAUUUGCCCAGGGGUCACAAAGACCAUGACAAACUUCAAAAAAUAAGACCACUGCUAACUUAUCUAAACAUGACAUUCCAAGAGAAUGCUACCAACUCGCAAAUCCAGUCAGUGGAUGAAAGUAUGAUUAAAUUUAAAGGCCGUGACUGUAAAAAACAGUAUAUGCCAGCUAAACCCAUCAAGAGAGGGUUCAAGGUGUGGUGUCGAUGUGAUGCAAAAAGUGGUUACCUCUACCAGUGUGAUAUUUAUGCAGGCAAAGACCAAGAACUUAAUGAGGAAGGCUUAGGUUACAGAGUUGUAAUGAAACUAGGAGGAAAUUUACCACCAAAUACACAUUUGGUGUUUGACAAUUUUUUAACCUCUGUAGUUCUUAUGGAAAGUCUUUAUUAUAGAGGAAUUCUGGCUACAGGAACAGUCCGAAUGCUACGUAAAGGUUUUCCUAAAGAAUUGUCUACACGAAAACCUAAAACUCCUGAAGAAAGAAGACUGGUAAAUGAAACAAAAUUGAAUCCUGGAGAGUUUACGUACCGCUUCUGUCAUCCUUGUGCUGUGGUCAAAUGGAAGGAUACCAAAGAUGUGCAUGUUUUGUCGACGGCAGUUAACACAACCAAAGUUGAAGUAAUCCAAAGGACUCAAAAAAACGGGGAAAAGAAAGAUAUGUUCUGUCCAUCUAUAAUUGCAGAAUACACAGGAAGUAUGGGUGGCGUGGACCAUUUCGACCAUUAUCGAAAAACAAAAAGGGGGGUGUUUUUGGGGUUCCAGAUGAAAUUAGAUUGCGGCAAACGGGAUAUCACUAUUUGA